CUUUCUUUUUUUCCCCCCUUGUCCUCUCUGGGGAACUUUGUGUGGGUUCCUGGCACACAUGCCCGAUCAUGAUGGUUGUGAGUGACAGCUGUACCCAUGGCAUGAAGGCUGUGGUGGAUUAAAGACCAGGAAGCCAGCAAGAAGAGACCUGAGGGAGGAAGGAAGGAAGGAAAGGAAGAAAGAGAGGGGGAGCUGCUUUUGGAUGACAAAGGAUGGGUUUCCAUUUAAUUAAGCAGCUGAGAGGCAUGAGCGUGGUCCUGGUGCUGUUACCCACAGUCCUGCUCGUGAUGCUCACGGGUGCUCAGAGACCUUGCCCCAGAAACUGCAGGUGCGAUGGGAAAAUCGUGUACUGUGAGUCUCACGCCUUCGCAGACAUCCCCAGGAACAUCUCUGGUGGGUCUCAGGGCUUAUCGUUGCGCUUCAACAGCAUCCAGAAACUGAAAGCCAAUCAGUUUGCCGGGCUGAAUCAGCUUGUGUGGCUCUAUCUGGACCAUAAUUACAUCAGCUCUGUGGACGAGGACGCCUUUCAGGGGAUCCGCAGGCUGAAGGAGUUGAUCCUGAGUUCCAAUAAGAUCACCCACCUGCACAACAAGACAUUCCAUCCGGUUCCCAACCUCCGGAACCUGGACCUCUCCUACAAUAAACUGCAGACCUUGCAGUCGGAGCAAUUCAAGGGCCUCCGGAAGCUGAUCAUCUUGCACCUGAGGUCCAACUCUCUGAAGACAGUGCCCAUCCGGGUCUUCCAAGACUGCCGGAACCUGGACUUUCUGGAUCUGGGCUACAACCGCCUCCGGAGCCUGUCCCGGAAUGCUUUCGCCGGCCUCCUGAAGCUGAAGGAGCUCCAUCUGGAGCACAACCAGUUUUCGAAGAUCAACUUCGCUCACUUUCCCCGGCUCUUCAACCUUCGCUCCAUCUAUUUGCAGUGGAAUCGGAUCCGCUCCAUCAACCAAGGCUUGACGUGGACUUGGAGCUCCCUCCAUAACUUGGAUUUAUCGGGGAACGAUAUCCAAGGGAUCGAGCCAGGCACUUUUAAAUGUCUGCCCAACUUGCAGAAGUUGAAUCUGGAUUCCAACAAGCUCACCAACAUCUCUCAGGAGACUGUCAAUGCUUGGAUCUCUUUAAUAUCCAUCACCUUGUCGGGGAACAUGUGGGAAUGCAGUCGGAGCAUUUGCCCCCUUUUUUCUUGGCUUAAAAAUUUCAAAGGGAAUAAAGAGAGCACCAUGAUAUGUGCGGGCCCUAAGCAAAUCCAGGGGGAGAAGGUCAGCGACGCGGUGGAAACGUACAAUAUAUGUGCCGAAAUCCAGGUGGUUGUGACAGAGAAGUCCCAUCAGGCCCCGCAAACGCCCCAGAAGCCUCUGAUUGUUCUCAAACCCACCGUCUCCAAACUGGAAACCACCCAACCGACUCCAAUCACACCGAGCCCUUCCCCGGGUUUUCAGAUGCCUGGCACAGAGCCAGAGUAUGAGCAUGUGUCGUUCCACAAGAUCAUCGCUGGCAGUGUGGCCCUCUUUCUGUCUGUGGCUAUGAUCCUCUUGGUGAUCUACGUGUCUUGGAAGCGUUAUCCGGCCAGCAUGAAACAACUCCAGCAGCAUUCUCUCAUGAAGAGACGCCGGAAAAAGGCCAGAGAAUCCGAAAGACAAAUGAACUCCCCGUUACAGGAGUAUUACGUGGACUACAAGCCAACAAACUCUGAGACCAUGGAUGUAUCAGUUAAUGGAUCAGGGCCUUGCACAUACACCAUCUCUGGCUCCAGGGAAUGUGAGGUCCCACAUCAUAUGAAGACGCUGCCCUAUUACAGCUAUGAUCAGCCAGUCAUCGGGUACUGCCAGGCUCAUAAGCCUCUCCAUGUCAACAAGGGAUAUGAUACUAUAUCCCGGGAGCAAGCUGAGACAACCAACCUGGAGCUCAGUCGAGAUCACAGCUUCAUUGCCACCAUUGCCCGCUCUGCGGCACCAGCCAUUUAUAUUGAAAGAAUACCCAAUUAAUGCUGAAGACCAUUUCUCAAGGGAAAGGGGACUUUGUUUGGGGGGGUGGGAGAGGGAGGGAUUUCACUUUAAAGGAGAAUUGGAUGUGAGAUCACAGCCACCCACAGAAUUUCUGCCACAAACCAGGAAGAGAGAUGGAAAUCAUACCAUCUUUGAAACAAAGAAUUAUAUAGCAUGGCAGGAAUUACCUUUAUGGUUCAGCAGGGAAGACUCCUGGAUUUUUUUUUCUUUUGCUUUAAAACUUCAACAGACAAAACUCUUGGAUGUAUAUAAUAAAUAAAGAUCGUCAAGUUCUUAUUAAAAUAGAUUUCACUCUAGCUACAUAAAAGAAUGGAUUAAGAAAUCUGUUUGUAUAUCUGAUUUUCUACACUGCACGGUUCCUUGGCUAGUGAACCACAGGCAAAAUUAAGGGUGGGGGGGAUUGGGAUGAGGGGAAACUCAGUACAUGGUUUCUUUGUUAAGUGUUUAUUACUCUCAAAACCUUGUUUCAAUUGAUUUUUUUUCUUAAAAAUAUUUCUUUUGUUUUUCCUUUUUCUGUCAAGUGUUUCUAUUUCCAACUCGGAUCAUGGGCAUUAAGGCUUGUGCUGGACCUAAAGGAUGCUUGCAUUGGCACAGGACUCAAGGAAAAAUAGAUGAUGACUGAGCUGAAAAGGGGGAUAAAAACACAAACAAGAACAAAAUCCCUAGGUGCAUGUCCACUCAAGAUGUCUGCUGUAAACUGGGACAAUUUUUUGGAGUUUUUUUCCCUUCUUUGUUACACUUUGCUGUUAACACAGGUCCCAUUUUCCACUUCUAUCAUGAGAAAGAACACCAGGCACUUUGAUGCAAAUAAAAAAAAAAAACUGGUAUAUCUGUUCGUACCUGGAUCGGGUGGAACAAAGGGAAAUGUGUCUUGUGUGCACUGAUUAGGAACUCAAUGGUUGAUCUACUCCUAAACAAAGGAGAACGUGUAACAUGAAUUCUGUUUUGUUUAUUUUUAAUUGAUUAUUAGUUAGUUUUCGUGUAGUUUUUAUCAAUAAAAGGAAAAAAAAGUGGUGGAAAAAUAAACAUAUUAUUUUGUGGUUGGGACACCACAGCCAACCUAA